UUACUGUCUGUUUUCGGCAAUGAAGCGCCACAUCAGUCGACAAUUUUCCGUUGGUAUGGAGAAUUCAAACGUGGACGGGUGAGUCUUAGCGACGAUCCCAGGGUGGGUGCACCAAAAACGGCAGUCACCCAGGAAAACGACGAUGCUGUGCGCAAACUCAUCAUUGAAGAUAGACCUGUGACAUAUGGCGAGGUUGAGGCGUCCUUGAAGAUCUCAAAGACCUCAAUUCAAAAAAUUUCACUUGAAGAAUUAGGAGUAAGAAAAUCAGUUUCUCGUUGGAUACCCCACCUGUUGACUGAAGAGCAGAAAGCAGUCAGGGUUAAUUGGUGUCAAAAAACGCUUGACCGUUUCAAUUCCGGAAACUUAAAAAAGCGCAUAGAGAUGUGCUCAUAG